UUUUUUUCUUUUUCCCCUCGCAGGCCUAAAGUUUGAAUAACGGAAAAGAGGAGCGCAUGCGCACUGGUUGCAGCCCCGUCAGAGGCGCCAUUGCUUCACACGAACUGUAGUUCAAGUGUUGUUGUGCCGUCAGAGAAAAGCAGCUACACGGGGGUGGUUUGAAACUACAACUCCCAGCUACGGCUGCUGCCUUUUUCACCCUCCAUUCGUCAAGCAGGGGGAGUAGUCACAGCUGGAAGGAUAAUAAGAUGCGCAUGAAUUUACAAUCUGGACUUAAAGAUAGGAUUAAUUGAAUGGACCGCGCGGUUUGUUUGCUAGGCAGAACUUCACCUAGCGUUUGCAAUGACUUUGCGCCGCGCUCGGGUGCGACUUCUUGAAAACCCAUGAAGUUGUGGAGCUCCGCUGACUACAGUUGAUGGAGUUGAAAAGUUUCAUCUUCGCUCUCCCCGCAAUGGAAAGAAAAGCGCCCUUCGCUGGGAGUGAAGGCCUCCUGUGGUCAACGUGGAUUACUGACUUUACUGAAGACAAGGAGCCAAGCUCCAGGAUAUGACGUUUUUCACAGUAACUUCACUGCAGAGGACUGUGUUUUUCAUCUCCACCUGCCCAUCUAGUAAAUGAUGCAUGAGCUCAGGUGGGUGGGUUGGAUGCUAUCAUCUUAACUGCCUUAAAAAUCUAAAUUAAAACACACACACAGGGCUUAUUGAGUAACCGAUGAGGACCAUAUAUUCCCCCCACAACGAGGCUUUUCACGGAGAUCCUGCGUUCUGUGUUUUUGCCACCUUUCACUAAAUUCUUCCACUAUUCAAGUGCUUCACGUCCCAACUGGAAGAAACCCAAUGUCUGCCUCCUCACCCCCUGCCUUACCUCGACCCUUCCUCCACUGCCUCCAACCGCAUCACCCGCCGGGACAAAUCUACCAACGCUUGUCCAACGGCAGCCACAACACACCCAGCCCCACCAACUCCCGCAGCUCCUUCCAUGGGGUGUCCUUCCUGCUGCAGAUCGGCCUGACCCGGGAGACGGUGAACUUGGAAGCCAGUGACCUCUCGCUAGCAUCUGUUAAGGACUUGGUGUGCUCCAUAGUUGAUCAGAAGUUUCCAGAGUGUGGCUUUUUUGGCAUGUACGACAAGAUUCUGCUGUUCCGCCACAAUCUUAAUGAUGAGAACAUCCUGCAGAGGCUGACAUCCGUAGAAGACAUCCAUGAAGGGGACCUGAUUGAGGUGGUGCUGUCUGCCCAAGCCACCGUUGAAGAUUUCCAGAUUCGACCCCAUGCCCUCUACGUCCACUCCUACAAAGCUCCUACCUUCUGUGACUACUGUGGAGAGAUGCUGUGGGGUCUGGUUCGGCAGGGGCUUAAAUGUGAAGGCUGUGGGCUGAACUACCAUAAACGCUGUGCCUUCAAGAUUCCCAAUAACUGUACUGGUGUGAGGAAGAGGCGAUUGUCCAACGUGUCCCUACCCGGUCCUUCACUCUCUGUCCCACGACCGUUACCUACUGAAAAUGCAGUAGUCGUACCAGAUGAGCAGCAGCGGUCCCAUCAAGAGGCAGGGAAGCGCAUCCUGUCCUGGAGUGGACGGCCAAUAUGGAUGGACAAGAUGGAGAAGACGAGGGUGAAAGUGCCUCACACCUUCGCCAUUCACACCUACACUCGGCCUACCAUCUGUCAGUACUGCAAGCGUCUACUUAAGGGUCUAUUCCGCCAGGGAAUGCAGUGUAAAGAUUGCAGAUUCAACUGUCAUAAACGAUGUGCUACAAAGGUACCAAGAGACUGUUUGGGGGAGGUGGACUUCAAUGGAGAACCAGCCAGCCCUGGGCCAGACUCAGACACAACCAUGGAUACUAUGGAGGUGGACAGUAGUGACAUGGAGAUUGGCAGAGGGCUGGAUGACCCAGAAGAACCAUCCACCCCAGAUGGGAUGUUCAGAAUAGAUUCUCCAUUCAGCGACAGAGACAAGGAUGAAGAGCCCAUUAAGACUAUUAGUCCUUCUACCAGCAGUAACAUCCCCCUAAUGCGGGUGGUUCAGUCCAUCAAACAUACCAAGAGAAGGAGCUCCACGGUGGUGAAGGAGGGCUGGAUGGUUCAUUAUACAAGCAAAGACAACUUGCGGAAGAGACAUUACUGGAGGCUGGACAGCAAGAGCCUGACUCUCUUCCAGAACGACAGCGGAGCCAAGUUCUAUAAAGAGAUCCCUCUGUCUGAGAUCCUUCAGUUAGAACCGUUCAGAGACUACAGUUACCUGGCUCCGGGCAGCAACCCUCACUGCUUUGAGAUCAUCACAGCCACCAUGGUGUACUACGUUGGGGAGAACAAUGGCAGCCACUACUACAGCCCCGCUUUGGCUGCCUCUGGAGUUGGCAUGGAGGUGGCCCAAGGCUGGGAGAAGGCCAUCAGACAGGCUUUAAUGCCCGUCACCCCACAGCCAAGUCUGGCCACUGCUGCUGGUCAGGGUAAAGAUCACAAGGAGCUGUCCAUCAGCAUAUCUGUGUCCAACUGCCAGAUCCAGGAGAACGUGGACAUUGCAUCAGUCUAUCAAAUAUUCUCUGAUGAAGUGCUUGGAUCAGGCCAAUUUGGGAUUGUAUAUGGAGGUAAACACAGAAAAAGUGGUAGAGAUGUGGCCAUCAAGGUUAUAGACAAGAUGAGAUUUCCUACCAAGCAGGAAAGCCAGCUAAGAAAUGAGGUCGCCAUUUUACAGAAUCUGCAUCAUCCUGGUAUCGUGAACCUGGAGUGUAUGUUUGAGACACCGGAGCGGGUGUUUGUCGUCAUGGAGAAGCUGCACGGCGACAUGCUGGAGAUGAUCCUGUCCAGCGAGAAAAGCAAACUACCUGAACGAAUCACCAAAUUCCUUGUCACACAGAUCCUAGUGGCCUUGAGACAUCUGCACUUCAAAAACAUUGUUCACUGUGACUUGAAGCCGGAAAACGUCUUGCUAGCAUCUGCAGAGCCUUUUCCUCAGGUAAAGCUGUGUGAUUUCGGCUUCGCCCGGAUUAUCGGCGAGAAGUCGUUCCGCCGAUCGGUGGUGGGAACGCCGGCUUACCUGGCUCCAGAGGUUCUUCGCAGUAAAGGCUACAACCGUUCUUUAGACAUGUGGUCAGUGGGGGUCAUCGUGUACGUCAGCCUGAGCGGGACCUUUCCUUUUAACGAGGAUGAAGACAUCAACGACCAGAUCCAAAACGCUGCCUUCAUGUACCCCCCGACACCCUGGAAGGACAUCUCUGCAGAGGCCACAGAUCUGAUCAACAAUCUUCUCCAGGUCAAGAUGAGGAAGAGGUACAGUGUGGAUAAGUGCCUCAGCCAUCCCUGGUUACAGGACUAUCAGACCUGGCUGGAUCUACGGGAGUUUGAGACGCGCCGAGGCGAGCGCUACAUCACCCACGAGAGCGACGACGCACGCUGGGAGGAGUAUGCACAAGAGCACAGCCUUGUUUACCCCAAACAUUUUAUCAUGGCUCCCAACCUGGAUGACAUGGAGGAGGACCCCUAGUGGUGUGGAGAUUCCCUACAUGUUGAAGUCAGGGACUUUUCGCAACAAGCUUUGGGAGCGGCGGGUUUUCCCUCCACAGCUGCUUGUUGUGGCAACAGAGAGAGAACCGAUCGGUUGGAAGAAAAAGCUCUCCGGAGGGUUUGAAUGUGGAAAAAAAAGCAACUUUUUUUUAAGUAGCUGGAGGUGCCGCUACAGUGAGCUGCUGAAGAAAUGCAUCACAGAAAAACGCUUUGUGGGACUAUCAGGGGAGAGGAGACUCCUAUCUUCCCUUUUUUUGUAAAAUACAAAAACAUUUCUUGGGUUUUCAUCCAACUUUGUUCAUUUUUUGAGAACAAAAAGAAGCCAAAAGAUGAGCCCCAAAAACUAAUAAUGAAGAAACUAUUUUUUGAUGUCAAGAAAAAGAGACCCGUGAAAGAUCGAAGCUUACCCCCCAGGAGUAAAGGGCACUUUUCACAAGGGAUUUGCAGUUUGAGAAUAAAACACCUGAUUGUUCUCAUUUUCUAACUGUGAGACUGUCCUUUGGCAUGAACUGGAACAAUCACACGCAUAUGUAUUCUAUUUUUUAGUAAUCUAUUUAGUGUCUGGUAGGUUUUGCACUAUAUAAAUAAGCAUAGCAAAUGAAUAGAAGCACUAUUCAAUGCUAAAGAGAGAGGAAAUUGUGAAAGUUUGUCGCUCACAGUGUUGGCUGCAGAUAUUUUCAACCUUCAGCUAUAAAAAGACAGUAAUUGAUUUUUUUGUUUGAAGAAAAAAUGUGCAACUUUGUGAACACAUCUUCGACAUGUGGAACAAGUUCUGGAAAGAAUUGAAAAUGUCUAAAUUUGCAGUUUGGAAUGCUGCCAUCUCCUAAUAUGUGCAUUUUGGGAGUAUUUUUGUGUUAUUUUCCUGUCUUUGUUGCCACUGGAUUGGCAGGUGUCAGUGUUUUGUAUAUUUCAGCACAUACCAAUGGAGCAACAACUGAACAGUAAAUGAAAUGUUUGAAAAAAUUGAAUUUUGUUCUGUUUCUGCUUUGAAAAACUCAAAAAAAUGGAGGUCAAAUUGUCUUUCAGAAGCAGGCGUCACAAAGAGUAGAAAGACGCUUGAGGUUUUUACACCUAACUUCCCUGCUGACUUGUUUUUUGUUCCAUAUUCCACAGCUGGAUGUGUUUGCUGCGCCACAACAAACAGAUUGUAGAGGCAGUUUUUGCCACAGGGGAGUAGUUUUACAGUUAAACCGAGACCCGGUGGAGAGGAAGGGAGAACACUUUUUGAGAGUUCUUUCUUCUAUCCUCAAUUCACCUUGUAUGAAUAUAAAAUCCCAGACUGUUCUUCUGAAUGACCCCAUUAUUUUAAGUUACUGUUCUUACAAGCUAAAAAGCAGAAUAAGCAGCUGUCAUCAACAUUCUUUGAAGUUUGGCUCCACUGAUUCUAAUCAACAUAUGCUAUGAUUAUUUAUGAGAGUUUAUUCUCUUCUGUUUAUUUUAUUUUUUUUAUUUUCUGAAGGAGUCUACAGCAGGAGUGGUCCGUGAAACUAUUUAAUCUGGCCCACCAAACUGGAAUAAAUUAUAUUGAUGAUCCAAAUUGUUUUAUUUUUUUCCUGUAAUCUUGUGUGUGCCCAUAGAUGAUGCUCUACAAAUACAUGGAGCUUUGUGUAGGUGCAAAAAGUGUAUCUGUAUUCAUGUGGUUUUGGAAUAUUUGUUGUUUUUCUGACAUUCAUGUGUGUUUUCUGAGUCAUUUUCCCAACCAUUCCAACACCACAAGAACCCGGCAUUUCUCUAAGUUUAUGUUUUCCCUUGAGGGGCAUCAACCCGGUAGUGGAAUUUGCACAAAACCGAGAACAAAAGUCACAGUUUUGAAAUAAAAACUCUAAAAUGCUCUGUUUUAAGACAUAAAUAUAUAUUUGGUUUUCAAUCAAAAUAAAAAUUCCGUCUAGA